GUCUGAUGGAGGAUGGCGGAGGCCGCGGGUCCGGAGUCUGAGGUUCGGUGCCCGGACGAGUCAUCGGAUAGCGAGCCGGAGCAGGAGCCCGGGUCCCCGCAGAAACUCAUCCGGAAAGUGUCGACGUCCGGACAGAUCCGCAGCAAGACAGUGUUGAAGGAAGGAAACCUGAUGAAACAAACCAACUCGUUCCAGCGCUGGAAGAGACGCUACUUCAAACUGAGAGGAAGAACUCUGUACUACGCUCAGACGGCCAAGUCGAUCAUCUUCGAUGAAGUGGACCUGACGGACGCCAGUGUGGCAGAGUCCAGCACCAAGAACGUCAACAACAGUUUCACUGUCAUCACCCCCUGCAGGCGUCUCAUUCUGUGUGCAGACAACAGGAAGGAGAUGGAGGAGUGGAUGGCGGCGCUGCGCAGCGUCCAGAACAGACAGAACUAUGAGUCCACUCAGUACAGCAUGGAUCACUUCAGUGGGAUGCACAACUGGUACGCCUGUUCUCACGCCAGACCAACGUACUGUAACGUCUGUAGAGAGGCUCUGUCAGGAGUGACAUCACACGGCCUGUCCUGUGAAGUGUGUAAGUUUAAGGCUCACAAACGUUGUGCGGUCAGAGCCACUAACAACUGUAAAUGGACGACACUGGCUUCUAUUGGUCGAGACAUCAUCGAGGACGAGGACGGGGUGUCCAUGCCUCACCAGUGGUUGGAGGGGAACCUGCCGGUGUCAGCGAAGUGCAACGUGUGUGAGAAGACGUGCGGCAGCGUCCUGCGCCUGCAGGACAUGAGGUGUCUGUGGUGUAAGACCAUGGUUCACUCGGGCUGUAAGGAGCAGCUGUCCUCUAAGUGUCCUCUGGGACAGUGUAAAGUGUCCGUCAUCCCUCCGACUGCACUCAACAGUAUCGACUCUGACGGGUUCUGGAAGGCGUCCUGUCCUCCGUCCUGCACCAGUCCGCUGCUUGUCUUUGUCAACUCCAAAAGCGGAGACAAUCAGGGUGUCAAGUUCCUGCGACGCUUCAAACAGCUGCUGAACCCGGCCCAGGUGUUCGACCUGAUGAAUGGAGGACCACACCUGGGGCUGCGGCUGUUCCAGAAGUUCGACACGUUCAGGAUCCUGGUGUGUGGAGGAGACGGCAGCGUCGGGUGGGUCCUCUCAGAGAUCGACGCCUUAACGCUGCACAAACAGUGUCAGCUCGGGGUUCUUCCUCUGGGGACCGGGAAUGAUCUGGCGCGGGUUCUGGGUUGGGGUUCAGCCUGUGAUGAUGACACUCAGCUGCCACAGAUCCUGGAGAAGCUGGAGAGAGCCAGCACCAAGAUGUUAGACAGAUGGAGCAUCAUGGUCUAUGAGACCAAGUUUCCACGGCAGCACUCUGCUUCCACCGUCACAGAGGACUGCAGUGAGGACUCUGAGGUUCAGCAGAUACUGACAUAUGAGGACUCAGUGGCGGCUCACCUUUCCAAGAUCCUGACCUCAGACCAGCACUCAGUUGUCAUCUCCUCCGCAAAGGUUCUGUGUGAGACGGUGAAGGAUUUUGUGGCUCGUGUUGGAAAAGCUUAUGAGAAGAACACAGAGAGUUCUGAGGAGUCCGACUCCAUGGCCAAGAAGUGUGGCGUUCUGAAGGAGAAGCUGGACUCGUUGUUGAAGACGCUGAACGAAGAGUCUCAGGCGUCCGCCCUCCCCUCCCCUGCUCCCCCCCCCACCAUUGCUGAGGAGCAGGAGGAGGUAGAGGGUAUUGUGCUGCCCCCCCCCAUCCUUCCUCCUCUUCAUGCCCCGCUCAGCUCCGCCCCCUGCUCCACACGGUCUUCUGCUGCCAUCUUUAAACCCAGAGAGCAGCUGAUGCUGCGAGCCAACAGUCUGAAGAAAGCCAUCAGACAGAUCAUCGAGCACACAGAGAAAGCUGUGGACGAGCAGAACGCCCAGACGCAGCAGCAGCAGGUUUUCUCUCUGAGCCGAGCGGAGGAAGAGGAGGAUCUGGUGGAGGAGGAAGAGGAGGAAGAGCUAGAGGAGGACAAGAUGUCUCUGCAGUCAUCGUACAGCAACAAACAGCACAGCACGCGGCGAGUCAGUAAGACACACUGUGAGAAGCCGAUCAGUAAAGGAAGUCUGUCAUUGGGCAGCUCUGCAUCACUUCCUGUCCAGACAGGAAGUAGAGAGAACAUGCCCACGAUCAACACAAAGAUCCUGUUCCCAGGCUCUCUCUCCAGUAGUUCAGUGAUCAGUCGUCUGUUGGUCAACACCGACCCGUUCAGCUGUGACCCCGACAACAUGGACUGUUUCACCGAGAAGUGUGUGAUGAAUAAUUACUUUGGAAUCGGACUUGAUGCAAAAAUCUCUCUGGACUUUAACAACAAGAGAGACGAACAUCCAGAGAAGUGCAGGAGUCGGACUAAGAACAUGAUGUGGUACGGAGUUCUAGGAACCAAAGAGCUGCUGCACAGAACCUACAAGAACCUGGAGCAGAAGGUUCUCCUGGAGUGUGACGGGCGUCCCAUCCCCCUCCCCAGUCUUCAGGGAAUCGCAGUGUUGAACAUACCGAGUUACGCAGGAGGAACCAACUUCUGGGGAGGAACCAAAGAGGAUGAUACGUUCACUGCUCCGUCCUUCGAUGAUAAGAUCCUGGAGGUGGUGGCGGUAUUCGGCAGUAUGCAGAUGGCCGUGUCCCGAGUCAUCAACCUCCAGCACCACCGCAUCGCACAAGUAAACCUGUCUACCUACCUACCUGUCUCUCUCUCUUCAUACUUGUCUGUCUGCACCUACCUGUCUGUGACAUUGUCUCUCUCUAAGUGUCGGACAGUGAAGAUCACCGUUUUGGGUGAUGAGGGCGUUCCGGUUCAGGUGGACGGCGAGGCUUGGAUCCAGCCUCCAGGUUACAUCAAGAUCAUCCACAAGAACCGAACACAGACUCUGACCAGAGACCGGGCGUUUGAGAGCACCUUGAAAUCCUGGGAGGACAAACAGAGGUGUGAGUUUCCCGGGACGCCCCCCCCACAGCCCCCCCUCUGCUCACAGCCUGAGAUGGUCUCUGAGGAGGACGCGUCUCUGGUCAGUGAGCUGGGUCAGGCAGCGGGGGCGCUCAUCCACAGUAUUCGUGAGGUGGCUCAGUGUCAUCACAGAUUGGAACAGGAACUGGCUCACGCUGUCAACGCCAGCUCAAAGGCCAUGGACGUGGUCUACGCUAGCUCCAAGAGCUCUGAGGCUCUGAGCUGCAGUGUGGUGAUUCAUAUGGUGAAUAACGUCAAAGCUUUAAUCAGUGAGACGGAGCUGCUCCUGACUGGGAACAUGUCCAUGCAGCUGGAUCCUCCUCAGCAGGAGCAGUUGAAUACAGCUCUGAACUCAGUGGUCCAGCAGCUGCGUCGCCUGGCGGACGUCCCCUGGUUGUGUCCCGUCAUGGACCCGGCAGACCACGAGGGUCCUCUGACGGACUUUUCGAAACGCAGUCGGAGCGCCAAGUUCCGUCUCGUCCCAAAAUUUAAAAAAGACAAAAACAACAAGAACAAGGAGACGUGUGCUACUCUCUCAAUGCCAGUUCAGCAGUGGGGGACAGAGGAGGUGGGGGCGUGGCUGGACUUCCUGUGUCUCACUGAGUAUAAAGACAUCUUUAUUGGACACGACGUCCGUGGGGCGGAGCUCAUCCACCUGGAGAGGAGGGACCUGAAGGAUCUCGGUGUGACCAAAGUGGGUCACAUGAAGAGGAUCCUUCAGGGCAUCAGAGAACUGAACAGGAACAGCAGCGCUAGUGAGGCCUGACCAACACCAGGGAUCACUGUCUGCUCCACUCACACCUCGGCUGCUACCUCCUGAUCUCAUCCCACCUGGUCCGCUUGACCUCGAGACCAGAACCAGCUUCAUGUCUUGAAUGAAGACUUUUUGUAUUGGUCCGCGACCACGAGGGAUUUUAUCUAAAAAAUAAAAAAACUGAGCAUUCCCUCACACUUGACAAUUGAACAGCCAAUCAGAUGAUUCGCAAGUGCCUUGUUAUCUCACUCAUGGACCAAUCAGCAUCCAGGAUGUGAAGGGUGAUUGGUCGACUAAAGGGCUGCACCAGAGUUUUGGACAGUGUGGGUGGAGACACAUCAAAGUGUGACAUCAUGAGUUAAAACACUGUAAAGAAUAUUCAAGAUAGUCGUCACACACGUGCAACAGGAAUCUCAUAUCUGACGACUUUUUACACUCGUGUCAGUUUGUGUCUCGAUGUGCGAAGAUGAACUUGCAUCAGGAUUUUAUCUAGUUUGUUAUCGUCCUCACAGAAGAUCCAUGUUCUUAGGGUUCUUAGGACAGAGUCAUUCUGGACAUGACGUCGAAUUCGAGACCAUGUGACAUCAUCAUGGAUCAAGAUAUGAUCGUGUUUUUUGUCCCGUAUGCUAACGUUAGCUUGUAUCUUCAGUGAGACCAACAGUUCCAAGCUGAAGUUUAAUUUAGUUUCAGGUUCGUAAGUCUUAGCAUGCUAACGUUGGCUUGUUAGCUGCAGUCAGACCAUAUUUACGUUUUCUGACCAAUGACAUGUUUUAGUGAAAACACAUUAGUGCCUUGCUCAAGGGCAGUCGUUCACCCCUCUGCUGUUUUCGUGGUGGUCUGUAUUUAUUAGAUAAUUUAUCUAUUGAUACUGUUUGCUGUUAUACCUCUGUUUGUACAUACACCCCCUGCAGGGCUGUCAGUGUUAAUACAUUCUGUCAUGUACAGAGGAAACAUCUGGAAGAAAUAAAUUCUGUUUUUGUUGUUCA